AGAGCUGCAUUCCAUCCUAUUCACACCGGGGAGCGCGAGCACACGGUCGCCACGGUGGAUAUGGCCGCGAGUUCAGGAAUUUAACUAUGGCACGGACGUGUAAUCCGAGGAUCACCUGAGCAGAGGCCACUGGCUGCCGAGUUGUUGCAAAUGUUGCAGUAAAUGACAGCUUUGAGAGGAGAGAAGAGGACGCAGGAUCAAUAAGAGUUGUGUUUCUGGCCACUCUUGUCAGUUAAAUAGAUAAGUAUAUACUAAACAGUGCAAGACUUGGAGAGACUGACACAGAAAGAGGACCUAACCUUCUCUUGUGCAGACCAGAGCCGAUAUGUGGCCUCAGCUGGGGCUGUGCUGCGCCCUCAGCCCAGGGCGAGUGCUCCUUCUUGGGCUGCUGACCCUCUCCUUCUCCCUUACUCCUGCUGGAGGAGCUGCAGAGCCCUUCCAAACAUUCUCUCCGUUAGAAUGGGGCCUGACCCAUCUGGCCAUUCAUAACACCACUGGCGAGGUAUACGUUGGUGCCGUUAACUGGAUCUACAAGCUCUCGAGCAACUUGACCAAGCUGAGGAGUCACAUGACCGGCCCGGUAGUGGAUAACGAAAAAUGCUACCCUCCGCCAAGCGUCCAAUCCUGCCCGCAUGACCUGUCCCAGACCAACAAUGUCAAUAAGCUGCUGCUGGUAGACUAUGGCCAAAAUCGACUGAUCGCUUGCGGAAGCACCUCGCAGGGCAUCUGUCAGUUCCUGCGGCUGGAUGACCUCUUCAAACUGGGAGAACCGCACCACCGCAAGGAGCACUACCUGUCCAGCGUGGCUGAAUCCGGAACCAUGUCUGGAGUCAUCAUCUCGGAAGGAUCCCGCAGCAAACUCUUCAUCGGAACCCCAAUCGACGGGAAGUCAGAAUACUUCCCAACUCUCUCUAGCCGCAAGCUGAUGGCCAACGAGGAGAACGCUGACAUGUUCAGCUUUGUCUACCAGGACGAGUUUGUCUCCUCGCAGCUCAAGAUCCCUUCGGACACCCUGUCCAAGUUCCCAGCCUUUGACAUCUACUAUGUCUAUGGCUUCAGCAGCGAACAGUUUGUCUAUUAUCUAACCCUGCAGCUGGACACACAGCUGACCUCACCAGAUGCCAGUGGGGAACAGUUCUUCACGUCCAAGAUUGUGCGCCUUUGUGUGGAUGACCCCAAGUUCUACUCCUAUGUGGAGUUCCCCAUCGGUUGCACCAAGGACGGUGUGGAAUACCGCCUGAUCCAGGAUGCUUACCUGAGCAAGCCCGGCAGACAACUGGCCAACUCUUUGGGGGUGUCUGAGAACGAGGACAUCCUGUUCACCGUCUUCUCCCAGGGCCAGAAGAACAGAGCCAAGCCUCCGAAAGAGUCCGCCCUGUGCCUCUUCACACUGAGGCGCAUUAAGGAGAAGAUCAAGGAGAGGAUCCAGUCCUGCUACAGGGGAGAAGGCAAACUGUCUCUGCCCUGGCUCCUCAACAAGGAACUCGCAUGCAUCAACUCGCCUCUGCAGAUCGAUGAUAAUUUCUGCGGGCAGGACUUCAACCAGCCUCUGGGCGGCACCAGCACGAUCGAGGGCAUUCCGCUCUUCAUAGAUAAGGAUGACGGGAUGACCUCAGUGGCGGCCUACGAUUACCGCGGCAACACUGUGGUCUUCACUGGUACACGUACUGGCCGUUUGAAGAAGAUCCUGAUUAAUUCAGUGAGUCCGUCCAGGCCGGCACUGCUGUAUGAAAACGUGGUGGUGGGAGAUGGCAGCCCCAUCCUGAGAGACCUGCUCUUCAGUCCUGACCAGCAGUUCAUCUACACACUCACAGAGAAACAGGUGAAACGCGUCCCAGUAGAGAGUUGUGAUCAGUACAAAACAUGUUCCGAGUGUCUGGGCUCAAGAGACCCUCACUGUGGCUGGUGUGUCCUGCUCAACGUAUGUUCCCGAAAGGACCGCUGCGAGCGAGCUGAUGAACCUCAGCGGUUUGCCUCAAGAGUGGACCAGUGUGUGGAGCUCUCCGUCCAACCCAACAACAUCUCUGUUACCAUGUCUAAAGUGCAGUUGGUUCUCCAGGCGCGGAACGUUCCGGAUCUGUCUGCAGGUGUGAACUGUUCCUUUGAGGACUACACUGAGACUGAAGCUCGAAUACAAGGCUCAUUCAUCCACUGCCUCUCCCCCACCGCUAAAGAGCUCAUCCCCAUCACUCGUCACCAAGGUGAUAAACGUGUGGUGAAACUGUAUCUGAAAUCAAAGGAAACCGGGAAGAAGUUUGCCAGUGUGGAUUUCGUCUUCUAUAACUGCACCGUUCACAAAUCGUGUUUGUCGUGUGUGAACGGCUCCUUCCCGUGUCACUGGUGUAAAUACCGUCACAUGUGCACGCAGAAUGCCAAUGACUGCUCCUUCCAGGAAGGCCGGGUUAACAUGUCAGAGGAUUGUCCUCAGAUUCUGCCAUCAACUCAGAUCUAUAUCCCAGUUGGUGUGACGAAGCCCAUCACUCUGGCUGCCCGGAACCUUCCUCAGCCGCAGUCAGGCCAGAGGAACUACGAGUGCAUCUUCCACAUCCAGGGGGAAACCCACAGUGUGACAGCCCUGCGCUUCAACAGCUCCAGCAUCCAGUGCCAGAAAACCACCUAUCAUUACGAGGGAAAUGACAUCAGUGAUCUGCCAGUGAAUCUGUCCGUGGUUUGGAAUGGAAACUUCGUCAUUGACAACCCAUACAAUAUAAAAGCUCACCUGUACAAGUGCUACGCUCUGAGGGAGAGCUGUGGGAUGUGUCUGAAGGCUGACCCACGUUUCGAGUGUGGCUGGUGUGUGCAGGACAAGAAGUGCUCACUCAGACAAGAGUGCGCUCUACCUGAGCACACCUGGAUGCACGCCACAGCUGGCAACAGCCGCUGCACACACCCCCGGAUCACCAAGCUGUCUCCGGAGACGGGGCCACGGCAGGGGGGCACCAGGCUGACCAUCACUGGAGAGAACCUGGGCCUGCAGUUCAGAGACAUCCAGAACGGCGUCCGCAUUGGCAAGGUGGCCUGCCAGCCCAUAGAGGAGGAGUACAUCAGUGCAGAGCAGAUUGUGUGUCGCUUGGCAGAUGCUACAGGCUAUCGUGUGCAAGAGGCUCAGGUGGAGGUUUGUGUGAGAGAUUGUCAGCCGGAGUAUAGAGCCAUCUCUCCUAAAGCUUUCACCUUCGUGUCUCCAUACUUCACGCGUGUGGUGCCGAUGCGUGGGCCGGUCUCUGGCGGGACAAGGAUCACCAUCCAUGGUAGCCACCUGAACGCGGGCAGUGCAGUGUCCGUCAAAAUCGGACUCAACACCUGCCAUUUCGAGAGGCGCAGCGCGAGGGAGAUAGUGUGUGUGACUCCAGCGGGCCUGAACACCGGGGGCACUCCUGUGAUGGUGGACAUUAAUGCAGCAGAGCUGCGGAAUCCUGAGGUGAAGUUCAACUACACCACUGACCCCACCAUCGCCAAGAUCGAGCCUGACUGGAGCAUUGCCAGUGGUGGGACCCCACUGACCGUCACUGGUACCAACCUUGCCACCGUGAGAGAGCCAAAGAUGAGGACGAAGUAUGGUGAAAUCCAGUCCAUCAACAACUGUACAGUGGUCAAUAACACAGUGAUGGUGUGCUUGGCCCCCUCCGUGGCUGCUGCAGACACUGAGAGAAGCUUAUCUGAAGUGGGCAGUAGUCCAGAUGAGAUAGGCUUUGUUAUGGAUAAUGUUCGGACAUUGCUGGUGGUGAAUGAAAGCUUCACCUACUAUCCAGACCCUGUGUUCGAGCCUCUCGCCCCAACUAUGCUGGAGCUCAAACCUGGAUCCCCGCUGAUACUAAAGGGGAGGAACUUGAUUCCACCAGCUGCUGGCAACACCAGAUUGAACUACACAGUCCUGAUAGGAGACGAGCCAUGUGUGUUGACUGUGUCAGAGACUCAGCUGCUGUGUGAAUGGCCCAACCUCACCGGACAGCACAAAGUCACUGUGCGGGUUGGAGGGUUCGAGUAUUCCCCCGGCACGCUCCAGAUCUACUCGGACAGUCUGCUGACGCUGCCCGCCAUCAUCGGCAUCGGUGGUGGAGGAGGCCUCCUACUGCUAGUCAUCAUCAUCGUCCUCAUCGCUUACAAGCGCAAGUCCCGCGACGCUGACCGCACCCUCAAACGCCUGCAACUGCAGAUGGACAACCUGGAGUCCAGGGUGGCUCUGGAGUGCAAGGAGGCGUUUGCGGAGUUGCAGACCGAUAUCCAUGAGCUGACUCAGGAAUUAGACGGAGCUGGAAUUCCCUUCCUGGAUUACCGUACUUAUGCCAUGAGAGUGCUCUUCCCUGGCAUUGAAGACCACCCUGUACUGAAGGAGAUGGAGGUGCCGGCCAACGUAGAGAAGGCCCUGACGCUGUUCGGGCAGCUGCUGAACAAGAAACACUUCCUGCUGACGUUUAUCCGCACUCUGGAGGCGCAGCGCUCCUUCUCCAUGCGUGACCGUGGCAACGUGGCCUCCCUCAUCAUGAGCGCCCUGCAGGGGGAGAUGGAGUACGCCACAGGAGUGCUCAAGCAGCUGCUCUCCGACCUCAUAGACAAGAACCUGGAGAGCAAGAACCACCCCAAACUACUGCUCCGCAGGACGGAGUCUGUGGCUGAGAAAAUGCUGACAAACUGGUUCACCUUCCUGCUCUACAAGUUCCUGAAGGAGUGUGCAGGGGAGCCUCUGUUUAUGCUCUACUGUGCGAUGAAGCAGCAGAUGGAGAAGGGCCCGAUAGAUGCCAUCACAGGAGAGGCGCGCUACUCUCUGAGCGAAGACAAACUCAUCAGACAGCAGAUCGACUAUAAAACUCUGACGCUGCACUGCGUGAACCCGGAGAACGAGAAUGCGCCAGAGGUGACGGUCAAAUGCCUGAACUGUGACACCAUCACUCAGGUGAAGGAGAAGCUGCUUGACGCUGUGUACAAGGGCAGCCCUUACUCUCAGAGGCCAAAGGCUGGAGACAUGGAUCUGGAAUGGCGGCAGGGCAGAAUGGCCAGAAUCAUCCUUCAGGAUGAGGACGUCACCACCAAGAUUGACAAUGACUGGAAACGGCUCAACACUCUCGCGCACUACCAGGUGACGGAUGGCUCAGUGAUCGCUCUGGUCCCCAAGCAAAACUCUGCCUACAACAUCUCCAAUUCCUCCACUUUUACCAAGUCCCUCAGCAGAUACGAGAGUAUGUUGAGGACAGCCAGUAGUCCUGACAGUCUUCGUUCUCGGACACCCAUGAUCACUCCGGACUUGGAGAGUGGAACAAAGCUGUGGCAUCUGGUCAAGAACCAUGACCAUUCAGACCAGAGAGAGGGAGACCGUGGCAGCAAGAUGGUCUCAGAGAUCUACCUGACACGCUUGCUUGCUACCAAGGGCACGCUGCAGAAGUUUGUAGACGACCUGUUUGAGACCAUCUUCAGCACGGCCCAUAGAGGCAGCGCGCUCCCCCUCGCCAUCAAAUACAUGUUUGACUUCCUGGAUGAGCAGGCCGACAAACACCAGAUUACAGACCCAGAUGUCCGACACACAUGGAAGAGCAACUGUUUGCCGCUAAGGUUCUGGGUGAAUGUGAUAAAGAAUCCUCAAUUUGUUUUCGACAUCCAUAAGAACAGUAUUACAGACGCAUGUCUGUCUGUAGUCGCUCAGACCUUCAUGGACUCGUGUUCUACGUCAGAACAUAAGCUAGGCAAAGACUCGCCCUCCAACAAACUGCUCUACGCUAAAGACAUUCCCAACUACAAGAACUGGGUAGAGAGGUAUUAUUCUGAUAUCUCUCGGAUGCCUGCGAUCAGUGAUCAGGAUAUGAGUGCGUACUUGGCGGAGCAAUCCCGCCUGCACUUAAACCAGUUCAACAGCAUGAGUGCCCUGCACGAGAUCUACUCCUAUAUCACCAAGUACAAAGAUGAAAUCCUCUCUGCUCUGGAGCGUGAUGAGCAGGCCCGCAGGCAGAGGUUGAGGAGUAAGCUGGAGCAGGUGAUUGACACCAUGGCUCUGAGCAGCUGAUCGGGGGUCUGAGCACUCGAAACAAACACGGACUGACGACACACACUCCCCGGGUCUCAAACCCACCGAGCUACACACUGCAGAGAAGUGAGGCAGUACACUGGAGCUUCUACAGAGCGGGGCACACACUCUUUGUCUGUGUGUGUGUCUGUGUGAGUGUGUGUGUGGAUGAGCCACCGAGGACACAUCACAGGAGACGUUUUGACUGUUGUUGUGGUGCAGUUUUUCUUUUUUUUCUGUCGUGUUUUUGUUGGAGUGUAGGCGUGUACUGGUGUGUGUUGGACCUCUACACACGCAGAGACACACACACAUACACACACGCACACACACACACCGAGUUUGAGGACUCAAGAAGGAGGAAUUCUGGGAUGCCUUCGCUCCAGCCGUGUGAUUGGUCAUGUGAUUGGUCAUGUGAUUGGUCAUGUGAUAGCUGUUGUCACGACACGCCCCUGGAAUGACUAAGGACAUUCGGAUUUGUUUUCUUUCUGUGUUGAUUUGUCGUUUAUUGUUAUUUUUUUUAUUUUGUACAAACGUAAUGGACUGCCCUCUCUCUGCUCUCUUUUGCCACUCGUGUUACUGCUGAAUUUGCACAGUUUACAGGAACCAGUACAAAGGACAAAUCUUCAGAUAUUAUAUAUAUAAAUCUAUAAAUAUAUAAAUACUGUUACAUUUUCAGCCAAGCAAAAUUAACCAUUGAGAUUUUUCUUUGCCAUGUUAUCACCAGAACACAAUAGAGUCAAAAAUGAAUUAGAUCUUUAAGCAGAAGAAAAAAAAAUCUACAUAGGAAGGAGAAAAAAAAAAAGAAAAUAUG